AUGCCUCUGGCUCGCUGCAUCCAAACCCAGCAGGGUGUAGUUAAGGUUCCUUGGGAAGAGGUGGCCAAUCCUGAAUUUGAAGACGAUCGGAGGAUGGCCUCAUCGUCUCAGUCAAACCAACAGGAGUCUUUGAGUUUGUGCCAUCCACAUACACCUACCCUUUCUAAUUUCUCCGUCGAGACGAGGAUUUUUCCUGCAUGGGAUGGUAUAGCAGUGUCCUUGCGUUUUGAAGACAACAGCAGUAGUUACUCUGAAAUGGAUCCAGCUCAGUCUGGGAUGCGACUGGUGGGAUGGGUGUCUCCAAACUCAUGGGACAGCAGAUGUAAGAGCAGUUUGGUUAGCAAUUGCAAUGAUCUAAUGGGCCUUACCAGAGAAACCCAAGGAUACUCACAGACUUGGGCUCAACCUCAUACUCCUCUGCUGAGGUCCAGUGGUGCUACUCGGGACCGUACGACUUGCGUUCGCACCGUGAGGUUUGCAGAGGAACCCUGUACGCCGUGCAUGCAGAGGAAACACGGACAAGGGACCAAAGCACAAAAAUGUCGGUUCAUGGAAGCACAGGAGAAACCUAUUAAACCCAUUAAACCCAAAGAACAAUCUGAGCAUCCAAUUGAGCCGAGAAAAACAGGUCCGUUAGGUAAUUACUCCAGCAAAGGGCUGGAUCAAACACAGAACAUUUCUCAGGACAACAUAGACUGUUUUACUCCAGCUGUGGUUGGGACGUCUGAGAAGUGCCACAUUAUUAUCCAAGGAGAGACAAACGAGGCGGACAGGAGCAGCUACUUUGAAACGAUUCCCAGGCUGCAUGUGGUUUCAGGGAAGAAGACCAUCGCUUUUGGACUUGUGUCUCCAAAGACACACAGGAGACAACUAGCGGCUCAAGAUCUCUCUCAGGACCCAAAAACUCUGUCCCCUCCUAUUACUGGAAUGCGGAUAAAUGUUUCAGAUGCAACAGCGCAAGCUGAAACAGAGAGACCACCAUCCAGAUCAUCCACACUUCCUCCACUUAAAGCCAAUGGCAUCCUUCACUCAGGAAUGGUGUGUCUUACAGGUGGUCAGGACCGUUCAGGUCGAGCAGUUCUGGAGAUUUAUGGAGAUCAUCAGGUCUGGGUUUCUGCAGCCAUUUCAAGCCAGGAGAUCUGCAAACUGCUGCUGUACUUUCACAUCAUCACCAGGAAAGAAAAAGAUCUAGGAAUGACGGUGGUGUUUGAUGCACGGAAGAAGCCGCCACAUCUAGAGUUCGCCAAAGCUCUCCUUAUGCUCCAGGGACACACUCCUCAUGCUGUGCAUUGGGUUCUGCUGCUGGUGAAUAAGGACAACAGCCACAGUCAUGAGAAAAGGCCCGGCGUUACGAUGGAAACUGUGACGUCACUUAAGGCUCUGAAUAAAUUAGUGGACGUCAGUCAGCUGACUGCGGCUCUGCACGGAUCCUUCCAGUACAAUCACUGUGACUGGCUACAGAUCCAUCAGAAACUCUAUCCAUUAGUGUCAGAUCUUCAGGAGGCGUCCGCUCUGCUAUCAGGAGCCAUAAAGAAACUGGAAGGUGUCGACACGAUGCAGGAAGCGCAGCAGUGCAUUGAGGAGCAGGGAGCUUUAAUGAAGGAUGUGCUGGAAGACGCCCGAUUGGUCGGUUUGCAAAGGGGAGGCGGAGCCAUGCUGGCCAGGCUGAGGUGGGAAACUGAAGUGAGGUCACCAGACUGUGAAUGGAGCCGUGAGGUGAUCGACACAGUCACACAUCUCUACAACACCAUGGAGGAGCAGGUGCACGUUCUGGCCAGGAAGUCCAAUAUGUCCCUGCAGCACCUGGACUUCCUGUUACAGCUCAGAGAGAUGGAGUCCAGGUUUGCAAAGAUUAAGGACUGGUUCGACACAGAAGGAGAAACGCAGCUCCUGCAGGCUGAAUCUGUGGACGACUGCAGUGAACGAAUCCAGCAGAUGCUGCAGAGUUUCAAAGCUUUUCUCUCUGAAGCAAACGAGCGAAAGCAUCAGGCGAUGAUGCUGGUGUCUGACGUGGAGAGCGUUCAGGGGCCAAACUAUCCCGAGACGGAGGUGUUUCACAGGAUGGUGUCCGUGUUUAAAUCCAGUCUGGCUGACUCUGUGUCACGGGCCGAGCGCUGCUGUGAAGAGCUGGGGAUGAUGGUGUACAUCUGUCACUUCUGUGAGAGGGCAUCAGUCGUGGCCAGCGAUUGCAGGCGAUUAUUGGAACAGGAGCAACACUGCUUUUCUACAGAUGGAGAGUGCUGGACACAUCUUCACGCUUACCUGCGGAAAUUAGACGAGUUUUCUCCCGAGCACUUCCAGGACGUGAGAGCGCAGGCCUGUUCCAGCUCCAGAGCUCUGCAGGUGUGGGACGCAGCCUGGAUCCACUGCCAGGACGUCCGGCGACAGCUGGAGGAGAGACUGGCGCUUCUGGAAGGAGCUCAAACAGCCGGCGGACACCGCUCUGAUUGGCCGGAGGUCAUUCCAGUACAAGAUGAUCAUGGGAUUGUGCCCGAUCUGUCAGAGAGCAGGGCGAGUCGGGCGAGAGACAGCAUUCAUGGCACCGUCACCUGCUUCAACUUCAGAUCCAACCACAAAACCAGAAGAGAGUCCAAAACAGCACAGACUGCGAAGGAAAAUCCUGCAGACGGCAGCCAAAGAGGCAAAAACAUUGGCAGAAAAGCUUCCCAAGAGCAGAAACCCGUCGCAGGAUCGAGUACGGUGGGCUGUCAGUGGUUUCCUUGGCAGAACGCAGCCAGCAGAAACAUCAGCAAGGGAUCUGAGCUCCACAUCACAGAGCCCGUCUUCUGCCAGAACCAGCGGUACGUAAACUCCCACCACAGCAGCUUCUGCUCUCAGACGGCCGGUGAAGAGACAGAGGGCGCUAGAGACGUCCCUGUGUUCACAGACAGCUGGGGAACUGAUGGAGAAAACGCUGCACCCACCCCAGAAAGCCCAAACAGAACCAUGAAGCUUCAUCGCAUCAUGGAGGAGCUCCUGCUGACGGAGGUGGAGUACGUCCGCUCUCUCGGCUACAUCUUGACUCACUACUUCCCCCUGCUGUCCAGACCGGACGUCCCGCAGGAUCUGCGCGGUCAGCGUGGACGCAUCUUCGGUAACCUGGAGAAACUGUACGCCUUCCACUGCCAGCACUUCCAGCAGGAACUGGAGGCCUGUCAGGCAAAACCGCUGAGAGUCGGACGCUGUUUCCUCAAUCACAGAGAGAGUUUUGGACUUUACGCCCUUUACAGCAAGAACAAACCCCAGUCUGAUGCGCUAAUCCAACACCACAGAUACUUCAAGCGUAAGCAGAUGGAGUUGGGUGACAGCAUGGAUCUCUCCUCGUACCUGCUGAAGCCGGUCCAGAGGAUCAGUAAAUACAGUCUGCUGCUGCAGGAGAUCCUGGAUGAAUGUGUGCCGGAUCAGAGCGGAGAACGAGAGGAGAUCCAGGCGGCGGUAGAGGUGGUGCGAUUCCAGCUGCGGCACGGGAAUGACCUGCUCACCAUGGACGCCAUCCGCGACUGCGAUGUUAGUCGUGACGCUUCAAGUUGGAUUUGGAAUAAUCUGUAAAAAAAAACAAAAAACAAUUCACUU